AUGAGGGACACACUAAACCUCCUACAAUAUAACGUGCACAACUCUGCGAGAGUUAUGGUCAAUGUGUAUGCACCUCCUCCAGGGGGCUACAGCAGUGAACCGGAGGAAUCCCCCAUAGGCCAGCUGCAGGAGGUAGCCGGAAUGGGCACAGAUGCAGAGCUGGUCAUAUUAGGAGAUCUUAAUGUCCACCAUGAGAGGUGGGGAGGGGCUGGGUCUCCAGCUUGCCACACCUGUAGGGGCUACCACAUGGCAGGACAGAGGCAGCCCAGGAACGACUAUAGACCUCGCCUUUCUAUCACCACUCCUGCACGACAAGCUCAGGAGGAGGCUGAGAGACGAAACUGGAAGAAUGCGGAGCCUGAGGAGGUAGCAAGGGACUGCCAAAAGCUAUAUGUGCCACAAAGCCUGGACUCCAGGCAAGCAGUCAAGGAGUAUGCAGACUACCUGGUAGGAUUUGUAGGGACAUUAGCGGACAAACACGCCACCGUAAGUAAGGCUGGGUUAAAAUCCAAGACAUGGUGGUCACCGAGGGUGGCCAAGGCAGUGGAGGAGUACAAGCAAGCUAGGAGGUCCCAGCUCCCAGAAAUGGAGCGGCUCAGGGCACGCUGCAGGCGCAACAGAGAAAUCCACUUGGCUAAGACAGCAAACUUCAGAGAUCUGGUUGACAGGACCCGUGGUGACCCCAGAUUGAUGUGGGGACUAGCAAAAUGGGGCAAGGAAAGAAGCCAUUUGCCCCCACAGGCACCUACUGUCCCCCCCCUGAGAACAGGGGAAGGGGCUGACGCGACGGUAGAAACCUCUUUUGAGGGGAAGGCUGAGGCAUUACGACAACGGUUCUUCCCACAGCCAGAGCCCGCCGACUUAAGUGACACCAAUAUGGAGCUGCUGCAAGCUGAAAGGGAAGCGUCAAAUGACACCAUCAGUGUGGAGGACAUGGAAAGCCUGAUCCAGAGACUGCCAAACAGGAAGGCACCAGGGAGGAGUGGGAUCACCAACGAGUUCCUUAAGAUGCUGGGCAGAACAUUUGUGGAGGCCAUAACAGCUCUCACCAAUGCAUGCUGGCAUUGGGAGACUUACCCAGACACGUUUAAGGAAGCCAAGACAGUGGCCUUGCGCAAGCCAGGGAAGGCUGACUACCAGACUGCAGGAGCGUGGAGACCCAUUGCCUUGCUGGACACAAUAGGGAAGAUUGUGGAGGCAGCAACUGCAAAACGCCUGCGGAAGAUCGCGGAGGACCACAACCUGCUACCCUCACAGCAAAUGGGGGCAAGAAGGGGCAGGUCCACUGAAACAGCCAUAGCACAACUUCUAGCCCAGAUAAGGACAGUGUGGCAGCACCCGGGACAGGUUGACAAGGUGCUGCGGGAGCGAAUGGUUCACAUCCUCCGGCGACUGGGCAUCCCCAGGGACCUGGUGGGAUGGGUUGCGUCCUUCAUGACCAACAGGAAAUCCACAAUUGCCUUUGAGGGCCAGGAAUCAGACACCUUUGACAUCCCAGCAGGCAUCCCGCAGGGGUCACCCCUAUCACCUAUACUAUUCCUAUUCUACAAUGAGGAACUGGUGCGCAUCUGCUCAAGACCGGGGCGCCCGGUGGUGUGCAUAGCCUUUGUAGACGAUGUCAACGUGAUGGCCUAUGGCCAGUCCACUGAGGACAACUGCAGGGAGCUCCUGCGCAUGCAUCGGGCAUGCGAGGAGUGGGCAGCACGGCACGGAGCGGUCUUUGCCCCCCAGAAGUAUGAGCUAAUGCACUUCACACGGGCGCGCAACCAAUUCAACCUACAGGCUGAGCUGAGACUACCAGGACAAACUAUACAACCGAAACAGGUGAUGAAGGUAUUGGGUGUAUGGUUAGACUCUAGGCUGAGAUGGAAGGGCCACCUGGACGCGGUGGCAGGCAAGAUGAAGACUCAAGUCAGAGCACUGUCCCAAACCACCCAAUCCACAUGGGGGCUCCCACUACAACAAGCGAGAAUGGUGUAUAACAUGGUCAUCAGGCCGGCCCUGACCUAUGGAGCAAUAGCAUGGCACCAGCCACAGGGGCAGGGGGGCACGGGUCCAGCUAAGUCAGGACUGGCCCUCAAGCUGACCACAGUGCAGAACUCCUGCCUCAGAAUAGUGGCAGGGGCAUACAAAAGAACCCCAACAAGCACACUGGAAGCGGAAACCCACACAGUACCCUUAGACAUCCACCUGGAUGGGCUAGUGGCAAAGGCGGUCAACAGGAUGAAGGCCUCAGGAAUGGCGCAACAAAUUGAGAAUGCGUGUGCGGCCAUAAGGACCAGGCUUCGGCACCGUGGGGUGACAAGGGGGGCACAGAGACACAUGGGAGCUGUGGUUCACCCGGCAGCCCUGCCAGUGGACUGGGAACAGCAAUGGAUUCAGGGUGCUAAGGAGAGAGCCACAGCAGAGAUGACACCGGAACAACGAGCCAACCUGGACCAAGCCUCAUAUAAUCACUGGCUGAAGCGCGAGCAGCUCUGGAGGUGGGUGCAGAGGUGGAAAAGACGUGAGCCCCCCUGGGGGGAGCGGCAUGGCCGGCCCCCAGACAAGAAAAUUCUGAAGUGGCACACCGGCCUGCGCAAGGCUCGCAGCACUAUCAUCAUCCAAUUGAGGUCAGGGAAAACCGGACUGGCAGCUUUCCUAAACCGGUGUAAGGUACCUGAAUUCCCCACCCCACGGUGCCCCUGUGGGUAUGAAUGGGAAACAGUCGAACAUGUUCUGAUACACUGCGAACGCUGGGAGCAGCAGCGUCAGGGCCUUAUAAGAAAUGGCAGGCUAGACAAGAGGAUGCUGCUAGACACCAAGGAAGGCCUGCAUCUCCUGUCAAACUGGUGGAUGGAGAGCGGGAUUCUAGGCCAGUUCACAUUAGCACGCGAGCUGACACACUAUGUACCAUAA